AUGACGGGGCCUACUCGGCAGAAACGCAAGUCCAGAAGCCGUGGCCUCCGUGCCACAACGGGAUGUCUCAUCUGCAAGCGCCGCCACGUGAAAUGUGAUGAGGCGCAACCACAAUGUGGGCCAUGUGUUAAAGGCAACCGACCAUGCGUCUAUGUGUCAAGAGAGUCGUCCACCGGUCCGCACCCCGAGUAUGGAGAAGCGAUCCACUCACCCGCCAACGUGCAUGCUCCUCUUCAGGUUUUAGUUGACGCAUGCCAACAAGAGCAAGAUCUCGAUCGAUCUAAUGCGGUCAGUUCAACUGCGUCACCCUCCGUGGCACCUACCCUUGGGAGUCCCGCGUACCUCCCUCACUCCGAGCCGCCCCAUGGAUCCGUUCUGUCGCCGGGGACAGAGGUCUCUGUGACUCCCAGCAGAGGGGCACCACUCAGCUGGUUCGAGCUCCUCGCCAGGGAUGCGGCAAAUGCAGACACUGGCUUUUGUUAUCGCCUCCACAUAGGUUACCACGGACACCCGAGGGUGGACAAACCACGAAUCCGCAACACAGCAAAAAUUUGA